UUUUUGUUUAAAUUCAUUCGUGCAAUAACGUUCGAAACAAAGCUUUUACGGCAUUACCUACAUUACCAGCAAUUCACUUCUCUAGUCCAGGCGCAUGCUUUGGUCUAAGGUCAAGUUCAUCCCAGGAAAGCGGCGUAGUUUCAUUUUAUCCUUUUGAAUUAAAUGAAUGAAAAAGUCGCGAAACGGCCACAUCUUAGGUCAUCAAAUCUGAGCAAUAUGCAUGCUUCGCAUUUGCUAUCACCUUCGUGAUUCGCUGAAAGUUUCAAAGUUACCAUGCAUUUGGUGUAGCGAGGGGGAGAACAUUUGUGUUUUUCUUUAAGCGAGAUUUAACUUAUGUCGCACACCCGAUGAGGCGUGCGGCAUAAAGUUAAUUAUUAGAUUAAUAUGCGCCGGCGCGGUAUAAAUCAAAAUUGUGAACCGACCGUCCUUGCGUUUGUAACAGUAGCUUUCGGAAUAGGAUAUGUGAUUCGUGACCCGGGAAUAUCGUCAAACCACAUCUCACUGCGGAGGUCAGAACUAAACAGGGCAGCUCGUCCAAAGGAGCCGCCGAGGAGCUGGAAGGAGAGGAACGUUGGCGUCCGUCAGCUGUCCAGUGUCGCCUUUUACUUGAUGACAUAAUUCAAAAAAUGCAUAUACAUACGAGUAGAUGGUAUUUUGCAUUGAUUCCAAAGCGAUUCCAUCCCACAUUGCCUGAGAUACUGAGUAGUGGGUCGUCUUCUCUAUAAAUCAGUAUGCUAGCCGAGACCUUGCACAUGGCUCUGCCAGCGAUUGUAGUUCCUCUUCAGCAGACGGAAAUAUGCAUGUAAACCGUUUCCUGAAGUUGAUUUCCAGUAACUGGACCACCAGUUCGUCCAUCCGACUGUUAGAUAAGGACCGCGUUUUCUACUUCCGAUAAGCUCCACUGGUUGCCCUGCAGUUAUUACGCUUAACCACCGGGUAAAGGACAGCGCCGUUCUGCGGCAGUGGGCUCCGUGUCGAUAAGUGGCUCCAGUUGCCGGCCCUGCUGACAGCCGUGUGCCGGAGGGCGCGGCGGCCGACCGUUAGGCGCGCUGUGCACGCUGCCGCAGCAGAGUUCUCCUGCAGUCGUGACGCGGUCCGGCUCGCGCUCACUCGCCGCCGCUGCCGGUCCGUGCAGGUGCUGCUGACACGGAGACGGUGCAGCGCAGACGGCUGCCGCAGAGGUGCCGCGCAGUGAUCGGUGCCGUCGCUGUCACCAGACAGCUGGUUUGUCAGUUUGUGAGAGACGUGCAGUGGUCAGUGUUGGACAAAGACACGUGCCGUCGUGCAGGACCGGGUGUGACGCCGACUCCGGACUGAUGGCCUGACGCCCUGGCUAUGGCCGAUGCUGAGAAACCAUGACAGACGAGGACGGUCGUCAUUGAGAACGGGAGGACGCGGAGGACAGGCAGCCGGUGAGGAGCGAUGGCCGGGAGGGAGGGUCUGGCACGGCUGCUGCGCCAGAACGUCUACCAAUGGAGCAAGCUGGCGCUGGCGGCGGUGGCCGUGUGCGGUCUGCUGGCAGUGAUCAGGUCGCACGCGGCGCUGGCCGGGUCGGAGGACGCGGCGCUGAUCGAGGCAGAGGACACGGGUCUGAUCGGUGGCCGGCCGAUCGCUGACCUGCUGGUGGCCAGCCGGCCGGAGCACGCCUGGUUCACCAGCGCCCGGUGCCGGCCGCUGCUCACCCGCUUCACCUGCGACUUCUGCCUGCCGCACGUCUACCUGGCGUCGUUCCCCAGGUCGGGGAACACCUGGUUCCGCUACCUGCUGGAGGCCUCCACGGGACUAUUCACAUUAUCCGGUGGGCCUAACUAUAAACUAUACCAGAAGCUCGGCCCGGUUCACUCAGUGCUCAGUGAAAAUAUGAUAUGGACUGCAGUGCGCGGUCAGAGGGAGCUCGCUAAAUACGGGUACAUAGGUGAAAACAUUCCGUGGGUGCAGCGCAUCGGAAUCGUUACCAAAACACAUUUCUUGCCUGAGCCCUGGAAUAAAACUGAGGCUGAUAGCGCUCUAGAAAAACUGUCGCCCUUCACGGCAGACAGCGUGCGUCGAGCGGUGCUGCUCGUCCGCGACCCGUUCAAGGCAUUUAUCUCGCUGAAGAAGUACGGGGCGACCCAGUCGGUGCACACUGAGGAGGACAUGACGUACCUGUACCGCGGAGACGAAUGGCUGGAGUUCGUCAAAGGCUACUCCCGGAUAUGGUUCAACAUGAACGCCCAGUGGCUGAAAUCGACCAACGAGACGCACGUGAUCGCGUACGAGCGUCUCACCAAGGACCCGAUGGGUGAGCUGACCUCUGUGCUGCGUUUCCUGAAGGUGGAGCCCGACCCGCGGCGGUUAGAGUGUCUCCACAAUGAGUUAGAGGGAGCCGUGCACAAUCACCGGCACGGCGUGGUGCCCGAUAACGAGACGUACCCGCUGCCGCUGCGGGCCAAACUGUGGAGCUACAUCCACCAGCUCAACCUGAUGCUCAAGGAGAGGGGCCACGCAGGCCUGCCCCUGGAGAAAUACUCGUUUGCAGACGAGUUCCGUGAUAUUUACAUAUGAGUGACAUGAAUUAGCAUUGUUCGCAAAUGUGUUGAAACGUGAAUACAUGCUCCCGUGUGACUAUAUGGAUAAGAGAUAACACAAUCGCCUCGCAAGUAUGUCUGACAGGUCAUUGCCGUGUUUGUUAUUGUGCUCGUCAAAAUUUGAAUCUAAAUCAUGGGUAAGUACUCGACCUCACCUCAGUGUGCCCAUUAGACGAUUUAGGUAGAUCUGAUAUAAUCGAUGCGCUCUUGCGACAGUCUCAUAUGACCAGAUAGACUUGCAAGUGUCCACGUGAUGUGACAAUGCUAUGACAAUAAAAGUGCUAAUCCAUAUAAA